GCCCUGUGGGCUAUGGCUUUGGCUUUGUGUCACAGCGAUUUGAGGAGGCAGGAGGCUGGCAUUGGAGUGAAAGCAGACUUGUUGCAGUGGCAGUGUCAUGGAGAAAUCUCUGGUAACGCUGGACAAGGGUACAUGCUGCUCUUCUUGGAACUACUGUUGCCAGAGAUUGGCGACGGGAUCGUCAGAUGGAAUACUGGCGAUUUUUGAUUCUCCCGACCCAGAUUCUUCGACCUUCACCUGCACGUCUAGAUGUAAGGCACAUGAAACAAGUAUUACAAAAGUUACUUGGAUUCCUCCAGAAUAUGGUGAUGCAGUUGCAUGCAUUUGCUUAGAUGGAAAAUUAUCACUAUGGGAGGAAAUUGAGGAAGGUCCACAUCCACUAAAAUGGAAGGUAUGUAAACACUUUGAAAGCAAUGCAGCUCGAGUGCUGGACCUCCAAUUUGGGAUGUCCCAAACAAGUUUGAAAAUGGUUGUUGCAUACUCAGAUGGCCAAGUUAAAAUUUAUGAACUAUUGGACCCGUUGGAACUUAAGAAAUGGCAGCUUCAGGCAGAAAUCCAGAAUGUAAUUGAUCCAGUUACUAUAUUUGGGAAGCCAUCAUCUUCAUCUGCAUCCAUUUCUUGGAAUCCUCAAAGAGGUGAAAGUCAUCAAUUAAGUUUUGUUCUGGGUUUUAAUUCAGAUCUACCGCAGUUCAACUCGUCCAAGGUUUGGGAAUUUGACGAGGCUCAUCAACGGUGGCUGCCAGUUGCAGAGUUAGCUUUGCCUGAAGACAAGGGCGAUCAGGUCUAUGUGGUUGCAUGGGCGCCCAAUAUUGGAAGGCCAUAUGAAAUGGUUGCUGUUGCAACAAGCAAGGGGAUUGUGCUAUGGCAUCUAGGGCUGAACCCUGACGCAGAUGGAAGGCUUCCUGUGGAGAAGGUUGCAUUGCUCUCUGGUCAUGAAGGCGAGGUGUGGCAAAUGGAAUGGGACAUGAGUGGAAUGACACUGGCAACAACCGGAAGCGAUGGGGUAGUGAGAUUGUGGCAGUCCAACCUGAACGGUGUAUGGCACGAAGAAGCUGCCUUUAGGGCCCCCUCUUAGUACUUCUUCCCCAUUCAGUCUGUUGCAGUGACCAUCCCUAUUCGACUAAAAUGUAAUGACUCAAGUUAAUCCCAAAGGUAUGUUAAAUGAGAGUUUUCCCUCUCAAUCUUUCUUUCCUCACUUAUUUGUAGGUAAGUCCCAAGGCAUUCUUUUGAAGUUCCUGAAAAUUACCCCACAGAUUUGCCCUAAUUAGAUGGUUAAGAGUUAAGACUCGUUGGUUAAGUUGAUUUACGUUUUUGUUUUUAAAUUUCUUCAUUGUUUAAGACUUUUAGUGGGUAUCCAUUUGGUGGUGGAUCCCAAUUUUGGAAACAUGGGGAUAAGUCGCAAGUCAUGGGUUGGGGCCUUUGACCCACCUGUUCUGUGUCUCCAAGCCGUAGAUUUGUCUUUCCUGAUGAGAUGAUGAUUUGUAAAUGAAGAGUUGAGGAGUUCCACACAA